CCAGGGGGCUCUGACAUCAUAAACCCAAAUACACCCCUCACCCAGCUUAAAUCAUUAUUAAACAUGGACAAUCUUGCUUCAUCUAUACUCCCACUCCCCAUCCUCUGAUUAUUUUGAAGUAAAUCCCAGACAACAUACAACCUGUAAAUAUUUCAGCAACUAUCUCUGAAUCCAUCUUUAUCUUUUUGUUAAAAUCAUGUAUCACCAUCAUAUUUGCAAUAAUUACUUAAUAUCAUCAAAUAUCCAGUCAGUGUUUACAUUUCCCCAGUAGUAUUUUCUUUAACAAUUUGUUUAUUUGAAGCAGGACCCAAAUAAGGUCCAAAUGUUGUAACUGUUUAUGUGUCUUAAAUCUCUUUUAAUCUGUAAGUUCUCCCUCUACCUCUUUUUAUUUAAGCCUUGAAAAAAAAAUUACGUUAACAACCAACUUUUGUCCUACAGUGCAUGCCUGAAUUUUCAGGAUACUUUCAGAGCCUUUAUAACAAUAAGCUGACAACCAGGGGGUCAGAGUCCACCUAGCACCGUGAUUAGAGCAUGAAUUCCAGGGCCUAACUGCCUGUGUUCAUAUCAAGGCUCUGCCACUUAAUAGUCACAUGAACUGACCUCUCUGUGCCUCAAUUUCCUCAUCUUUAAGUAGGGGUUCACAAUAGUACCUUCCUCAUUGGGUUAUUUUGAGAAUUAAAUGGCUUGAUGUAUGCACAAUAAUUAGAACAGUGGUGCAUAGAACACAGCAAAUGACACAUUAUACAGAUGAAACUGAGUCAGUCAGGCUGACAGGUCCAAGGCCUCACAGCUAAUGGGUGGCAAGGCAGAGACUAGCACCCUGAUUUAUCCCACUGGCUUGAUACUGUUUCAGACCAUUGAUAAAUGAGAGCUCUCACAUGGUGGGCAUCAUUCCCCCCUGGCCAGGAUGUUACUGCCUUUCUGUUGUUAAAUCACUGGGAUGACUUUAGGAAACUUCUCCAGGUCUCAUCUCAGUCUCCAGAUCUGCAAAGUGGUGGAGUUGGAGAUAAAUCUCAGGUGCCUGUAAUCCCUUUUAGGAGAAACCCCAGCAGAAGACGCCCUUAGUAAGCCUAGCAGGAGAGUCAUACAGUCUGCUCCACAUUGGCGCCAACCACAGAAGCCUAUAGAUUCCCGAAAGGAGUGUGAUCCACCCCCAGGCCUCCAGGAAAUGAGCCUCGCAGCGCUAACCGCUACUCCCUCAGCCUAACUCAGGGGGCAGGCCGGUACCCAUCACUCUCCCCAGGUUAUCCGUAAUCCUGACUCACGGAGGCCCUGAUGGCAGCUUCCCGGCUUAUUCACACGGCCAGAUAACGACCAUGACGGCUACUAGAGAAGACAGUUUUUCAACUGUUGCUCUUGGCUCCUGAACCAAAGCAGAAAAGACAUAAUCCCUGAUCUGAAACCUGUGAACAGCCUCAUCAAACCGCUUCAGUCCCUGAGCCUUUGGAUAACCCCCUCCCCAUCCUGUUUGGCUUUGUGAGGCCCUGAUGGCUGUGGUCCAUUAUGCAAAUACAACUCCCUGAAUCAAGCUGUGGGUGACUCACCCACCCCCUUUAAAGCCACGUUGGGUUCGAGGCAGUGACUGCUCAGGGUAGAAGCCAUGGCUCACAGACCCUGCUUCUCCUACUGGCUAUUGGUCUGCUGGUUGGUGGUAACUGUGGCAGAAGGACAAGAAGUGGUCACUCCUCCUGGAGACUCACAAAAUAAUGCAAACCCUACAGACUGCGAGAUCUUUACACUCACCCCUCCCCCUGCCACAAGGAACCCAGUGACAAGGAUCCAGUCCAUCACCAGGACACCCAGGUGUCCCUUCCAUUUUUUCCCGCCACGAUGGCUCCGAGUCUACAUUAGGUUUCCAUACAGGCCUUACCCUCCUCCAACGUGGAACCACCAUUUUCAAUUCCAUCCAUAUUUUUGUCCAUACAGUCGCCUUCCUCCUUAUUACAAUUAUUUCCCCAGGAGAAGACUCUGGAGAGGAAGUUCCUCUGAGGAAAGCAGAGAAAAGAGAGAAGCCCCAAAUGUGCUGAAGUAAAAGAAGCCAAGGCCUCAGAAAAGACUAGAAAAAGAUUUGUGCUUUCAGUUUUCAACUAAAACAAUUGGGUUGGAAAAUUAUGCAUCUUAAACUCCACUGACUGGAAAUUGUUCUCCUUGUCAGCAGAGAACGUAUUGGUUUAUAGGUUAUUCAUGAUAACAAAAUAGAAGCAAUAACGACAUUAUUCUUAUGCUUUACUUUUUAUGAUCACAGCAUUUUUAUGAAGAAAAGUUCUAAAAUGAGUGGUUCCCGUAAUUCCUAUCAUCCUGCAAUACCGGAAGAAUCAGCUCCAUCUUCUAAAUCACAGUGAAGAGCAUUUAAAUAAAUCGAGACUGCUAUAAACCAAAUGGAGACAUUAAUGACACCCUUUUACGCUUACUGGAAAACUCACAAAGCAAGGCAUAUUUACAAACUGAUCUUUAAAAGAAAUUAUAAAAGACAAAAAGUUUUGUUUUAUUCUGUUUGGCAGUGGUUAUUCAUUCAUUUUUAACUGACAUAAUAUUAUAUUAGUUCCAGGUCAUAUAACAUAAUGAUUCAAUAUUUGUAUAUAUUACAAAAUGAUUACAAUAGUUCAGUUAACAUCUGUCACCAUACAUAAUUACAAAACUUCUUUCUUAUGAAGAGAACUUUCAAGAUCCACUCAGUUUUCCAACAACAAAAACAAAUUAUAAAGAUUAAAACAAAAAGCUAUGGGGAGUUUAACAAUAGGUACUACGUUAAAGAUACUAUAAACUAAAUUACCUAACCAAAAAAGUUCUUUUUAAACUGCAAUAUCUAAAUAUACUUUAAUGUUAACUGUUUAAGCCACCAGUGAAAACUAGUUUGAUAUGUAUCUCACUGUUUCUCCUAUUAUCUUCGUAUGCAUGCUAAGUCACUUCAGUCGUAUCCAACUGUUUGUGACCCUAUGGACUGUAGCUUGUCAGGUCCCUCUGUCUGUGGGAUUUUGCAGGCAAAAAUCCUGGAGUGAGUUCCCAUUCUCUUCUCUUCAUAUAGAUACUAGUUUAAAUUAUAUACUUGCCCUAAAACUUUCAACAUGAUUCUAGGCUCAAAAUUCAAGUACGGAGAUGUUCUAGUAAGUCUAGAACUCUAGUAAAUCUAGAACUCCACAGACACAAAUUCAGUCAACUAUAGUUCCAAAUAGGAAAAGGAGUAUAUCAAGGCUGUAUAUUGUCACCCUGCUUAUUUAACUUAUAUGCAGAGUACAUCAUGAGAAAUGCUGGGCUGGAAGAAGCACAAGCUGGAAUCAAGAUUG